CGAGCGUGCCGAACGGAACAGUCGGGUCCGUCCCUCGCCAGCUUUGAAGCGCAAGUGCGCAACGGCUCCGCAUCCGGGUUUCCGCAACAGCAACAGCGGGCAGCCUGCUGAGCUUGCGAGCAGCUGUAUACGUCGCAUUAUUGUUUUUCAGGAAAAAACCAACAUUUAAAUCUAACCACAGUUUCAUGCAGACCCCAAGAGGCACAGUAUUGCACAACUUCCGACCCUACUGAAAGCUGAUAUUGCUCCCAGUACCAGCAAUCUCUCUUAACCGCUACCCCCCUCCCCUCCCCCCGCUGGAUGCUGCAGCUGAUGUAAGUCCCGUGUUUUAAUGAACUGCACGCAUUCGGCCGACGUCGCGCACAGAUGAACACAGCAGCAAACAAAACAACAAAAAUAUGUGAAACACUUCCACGGCCGCUGUUUGACGGACGGAGCAAGUGGGCCCGCGGACGCGACCCGGCGCUUAAUUAAAUGCGAACAAUAAACGCACCGCGGACCACCCACGCAUGCUACUCCCUUUGACGCGAAAAAGGCGAGUGAAAUUAGCUGCCCCGAGCGUGCCGAACUGCGGCAGCGCUGAUUGCUGUCCCCAUACCGUCCCCGGCGAAAGGAUAAUCGUCCGCCGGGGGCUAUUAUUGCGUUGGGCAGGGCGUGCGAUCCGUUGGCGCGUGAUGUACGAUGAGUGUUUCCCGUGCGUCCAGUGGCAACGGCGACACACCCAUCCGGCCGGCCACGGCUUCCGGGACGCCAAUGUGAGUGUGUGAGUGUGUCUGUGUAGUACAUAUGAGGUAAGCAAGUGCAAUCAGCACAUGUGUGCCAGUGCUGCCAGGACAUAAAGGGAAACUCCUAGCUGAGAAAGCGAAGUGUACGAGUGUGUGUGGCUGUGUGUGUGUGUGUGUGUGUGUGCGGUGGUGUAAGUGAGUGGGUGAUGCGAAAGCGCACACCGAGUGAAAAUGUUCACCAGCCGCAGUGUACCACCGACAGCGCAGCCGGAAGUGAACGCGCUCCUCGGAGCAGCCACCCAGCCGAUCACCCUGCCCGGGGCGCUGGCAACCGUCGCGUCCGCCCUAGCGUCGGCCGGAUCGGCCACCCUUACCUCCCUCGCCAUGGCACCGACGUCCGGUGGGCCGGAAGUGGACGGGGCAGCCGGUGGCUGGAACGGUACCGGCGACGCUACCUCCGGCGCGGCCGGCGACCACCAGCCCGUCGGGACGAGCACGAACGCGGUCAACCUGACCGUACCCACCGCGUCAACAAUCGUAGAACCUGCCGAUCGGCUCGUCGAGCUGACGGUGCUGUGCUUGAAGAGUCUCAUCUUCGGAUCGAUCAUCAUCGGGGCUGUGCUAGGCAAUGCACUCGUUAUCAUUUCGGUGCACAAAAAUAGAAAAUUAAGAGUAAUAACCAACUACUUUGUAGUAUCAUUAGCAAUGGCGGAUAUGCUGGUAGCACUCUGUGCAAUGACAUUCAACGCAUCGGUAGAGCUGUCGGGAAGGUGGCUGUUCGGAUCGUUCAUGUGCGACGUGUGGAACAGCCUGGACGUUUACUUCUCGACGGCGAGCAUACUUCACCUUUGCUGCAUAUCGGUCGACCGCUACUUCGCCAUCGUACGUCCGCUCGAGUACCCGCUGUACAUGACGCAGCGGACCGUGUUCUUCAUGCUGGCGAACGUGUGGGUCCUGCCGGCGCUGAUCUCCUUCACGCCCAUCUUUCUCGGCUGGUACACGACGGCCGAGCAUCUGGCGGCGCUCAAGAUCAACCCGGACCUGUGUAUAUUCGUUGUAAAUAAAUCCUACGCAAUCAUUUCCAGCUCGAUCAGCUUCUGGAUACCGGGCAUCGUGAUGGUGACGAUGUACUACCGCAUCUACAAGGAAGCGGUCCGGCAGCGAAAGGCGCUGAGCCGCACCAGCUCCAACAUACUGCUGAACAGCGUGCAGAUCAACAACGCGUCCAACACGCUGCACGCGAACCACCACCAUCACAACCACCACCAUCAGCAUCUGCACCACCGGAAUCACCAUUUGCGUGCGAGCGACUGCGAUCUCGGCAUCGAUAUCAAAGACAUCCAGCACGACACGCACAGCGAGCUGAGCGAUCUUGACCUGCAGGUGCCAAUAGUGCCGACGGUCGUUGCCAACACCGACGACGACUUUCUGGUUCCGUCCUCGCCGCCCCGCCGCCUGAGCCGCAGCUCGAUCGAUCUGCGCGAUCUCGAGUACAAAGGCGAGGGCAAAAUCAAAGCGUCCGACAGCGUGUCGUCCAUCUUUCCGCUGCACUACGAGAACAAUCUGCGCUACUCCGGCUCGGAACCGAUACACAUAAAAGAGGCACAGCAGCUGCAGCAGCAGCAGCAGCAGCAGCCGAACGAUCAGCAGCAACGUCGCGCCUCGCGCAAAGACAGCUUCCGGCAGAUCAACUUCUUCCAGCCCUUCUUCUCGCGCAACAGCUUGCUGAAGACGUACAUCAAGGGCGGGGCAGGUGGAACGGGAGGCGGCGGCGGCGGUGGUGGUGGUGGUAGCGGUACGGUGGGUGCAGUGACGGGCAGUGCCAGCGCCAUCGCUGGCAACCAGCUGAACAACAACCGGUCGGUCGAGCGGAACAACAAAAACAACGACAACCGCUCGAACAACAACAUACUGGAUCUGAUCAAUGUGGCCUCGUCGCUGAACAAAGGAGGAGACUCGGAGAAGGAGGUGAACACGCACAAGCGGCACCAGAUUGCGGCGAGCGAGUCCGACUUCCUCACGAUGAUCGAGAAGCAGCGGCAGAAGCUGGGCAAAAACACCAACAGCCUGAAGAACUGCAACAAGGACGAGAAGGAGCUGAUGUACGCGCUGAGCGAUUCGGACUUUAGCGUCGGGCUGCAGAAGCAGCAGCAGGACGAGGGAGUCGCUCGCCGGUGCUUCAAGAAUCUCGUCGGCAGUGAGGUGGCCCGGGACGGUAUCUUUAAGAUCGUGCUAAACGGCGAGGGAAAUGGCGGAGCGGCGGAGACCGGUGGUGCAUCACCGGCAGCAGCUGGGGUCGACGGCGGUGCGGAAAGCGUCAUCGGGUCCGGUACGAUGGGUACGCCCGACAUCUUGAUCGGCUGCUUUGACCAUGGGUUUACGGGCUCGCGACCCGCCCUGAACAGCCCCACCGUGAAGGAGCUGGUGGCGGACGAGGGUGCGCUGAUCAAAGCGUCCAGCCUGAAGGUGACCGACCGGGGCGACGGUACAUCCGAACCAUCGGCGGAGGGAGCGAAAGUGAUCGACCUCAUAUCGACGAUCAACGGGCCGGCCGGUGAGGACGGUGUGCGAUCGGUAAAACCCCCGACCGGUCCCGACAAUCAACUCUCCACCGCACUGAACGUGUCGCUCAACGCACGCUGCAGCCCGGUCAACAUUCAGCUCAGCGAGGCGUCGACCAUCUCGCUCGAUCUGGUCGCGACGAGCCCGAAGGAGAAGCUGCCGAAGGUGCCGACGUCGGCACCGGCCACCGUCACCACGAUCGACAUCGCGAGCGAGAUGAUGAUGAUGCUGGCGGACAAUCCCGACAUCGUGAUCGACAACAGCCAUACCGGGGCGACGGUUUCGCCCACCUCGCGCACGGUCACGCCGUCGCGUGCCCCAUCGAUCAUGACGCCGUCGCCGCAGCAUAAUCCACGGCUCGGCCGCAAGCGCCAGUCCUCCACGGUGACGUACAACAUCAACGUGAUCAACUUCCAGGCGGGCGACAAUCCGGACGAUGACGCGAGCUAUCAGCUGAACAAUCGCAACGGCAGUGGUGGAGGAACUGCGACCGCUGGCGGACGCUCGAACAGCUCCACGAGCUCAAGCCAAAAGCAUCAGCGCCGCGGUGCCAUUUGCAUUGUGAUCAACAACGACAACGUGGUGCACGCCAACGAUACCGACACGGACCUGGAGGAGGACGGUUGCUGCGCAACAGCAGCGCAACAGCGCCGGAACUACCAACACCAACACGACCACCAACACGAGCAGCAGCAGCAGCAACAGCAUCACCAGCCGCAGCAACGGUACGCGAACCAGCCCGGCUGCUGCUAUGGGGGCGGGGGCCGCCACCAGGACGAUGGGUCCGGGGCGGCCUCCUGCCGGCACCACAAGUUCCGCAAGAUCAAAUGCCUCUGGAACCAUCUGAAGCGGUACGGGCUGCGGCGCUCCGGGCCCUCCGUGCAGGUGUCGUCCUGUGGCGGGGCGUGCGACUUUGGCCCACCCUCUCCCACCGUCUCGGCCGGUGCCGGGGGCGCGGGAGGAAACCGGCUGGCCGUGCCCAGCCCGGUGCCGCCCGGCUGCCGGCAUUCGCGCUGCUCCAGCGUCGGAUGUGGAGAAGGUGGCACCUCAACCCGUCCCUCGAAGGGCUGGCGGGCGGAACAUAAGGCGGCCCGGACGCUCGGCAUCAUCAUGGGAGUGUUUCUGCUCUGCUGGCUGCCAUUCUUUCUCUGGUACGUCAUCACGACGCUGUGUGGCGAGGAAGCCUGCCCCUGCCCAGACGUCGUCAUCACGGUACUGUUCUGGAUCGGGUACUUCAACUCGACGCUCAAUCCGCUCAUCUACGCCUACUUCAACCGGGACUUCCGGGAAGCGUUCCGGAACACGCUCCAGUCGCUGCUGCCCUGCUUCGUUCGCCGCAGCCCGUACGGGCACAGCGUCUACUACGUGUAGUAUUAAGUGCAUACCCGUAGGCUGUAAGGAAACUUGCUCUUUCAUUUCGGCUCCAUUUUUCCUCUUUGGUUAACGCAUGCUAUCGUACUGCGUUUGGAGGGGACGUAUACAUUCGAAGAAAAGUGUGUAUUUUUUUUUUCGUAGUUUUUGUUGUUUCUGGUAUGUCCUUGCGCAAACAAAAAAAAAAACAAACAAACAAGUGAAACGUAACAAAUCCUCCUUCCCAGCGGAUCGAGUGUACCAUGCGUGAUGAAUGUUCUCAUCAAACAUUGUGCGCGCUGUACUCGGGGGUAGCUUUUCUCUACUUUAUCAACCUAACAAGGUAGCAACCGCAUCCUUUCCCAUUUUCCACUUCUUCCACUGAAUCCACCCGCGCCCAGGGAAAAGUGUUGAUAAGCUCUGCGGUAAGCUUUCGCUCCACAGGGUAUCAUCGCACUGAUCGUGACUGACACUUUGUGCUGCAUAAUUGAACGGUUUUGCUCGAAGAAGGCCAGCCCAGCCCGCACCCUGCUGUGAGGUGUCACAAAUUCGAAUGGGAAGCGAGCAACAAAAUACUCGCAGCAGAAAAAAAAUGCCC